AUGUCAUCUUUUCCCAUGUUUGCUCCCAUGCCACGCAGAAACGUGGAUGGGCCAGUCUCCCACGCCAAGUGGCCGACAGUCGACGCCUUCCGCUCGACAUCGUCACCGUGGGAUGUGGAUGAUUCGACGGCUCAGACCGUCAGCAAGCUCAACUGUGUCUUCGGUUUCCGGCCACCAACCGCCUACGCCAAGCCAUCACCUCGAACAUCUCCCGAUGAAGUAUCCAGAUAUUCUCCUGACCUCCAACAUCUACGUCUGGACCAGACCCCCGAACUACGACAAGACACCCCUUCAGAUGUGCGGACACGGACGUCGUCUUUUGGACCGGAGACGCCUCCCACCAAGCUGGACUCCUACUUCGCGUCAGAACCGGCCAUCCAACCUCCAAUAACGAGUCGGCCCGGUCAUUCCCACCUACGCUCCCAUUCGGACAGCUGCAGCAUUCAAAGUCUCUGGCCGGAUAGCCAAGGCCCAUAUCGAUUAGGAGGAGGUGAAUCAACAUCGGUCCAUGACCUCGAUAACAAGCAACAUGCGUACCUUGACGUGGCGGCGUCUCGCUUGGGAGAUAAGCCUCAUCAUCAGCGGCAGUCUCGCGAGGCAUCAUCUCCUCACCAGAAGUACACCGUCACACUUACCCGCAACAACCGUGCCGUCACCCUCAUCUUGAUGGCAGGUCGUCCUACAAAGCCAGGUCAAGCAUCCAUCACUUGCUAUCGCCAAACAUCCCUUGCGCUCGGUGGUCCUUAUGCCGAGUUCUUCAAGGCCUCCGAGGCUCUAGUCCUGUUGCAGCAUAUGGUGAACGCAUCAUCAAUGUCGUUUGUGCCGUUCAGCAAACGUGAACGCUCUGAACUGAUGCUACGCAUGCGGACUUCUCCAGACGCCAUGAUCCUCGGCGACCCUUGUUCCAACGCCCGCGCGUGGACGAGCUUCUUUUCCACAGAGCUUGGUGCCAGACGAGCUUGGGAGGUGGGCACCGUCAUCUUUCCAUGGAAAGUACUUGAGAAGUUGAUGAGCUCCCUGAAUUCCGAGUUCGCACGCAAGAGGAGGAUGCAAUCCCGAGUCGCCGCAGCCUUCAACAGACGAGAGCCAGAAGAACACGCGGGACCUCAAGGACAGGGCGCCGCCUUUCAGGACAGCUACAGCCACUCCUACGACUCUCGUUCCGUGUCACUGCAGCUCGCAAACGCAGAACUCGGCGGCGUACUCGAAGCAGCAGCCGGCGAUCGGAGCUCCGUAGCAUCUGGCUCGCCUCCUCCUCCACCCCGGACACCGACCGAGGUCCUCCCGCCCAAGCUGCAGCUCGUGUCGGAACAGCCGCGACCUCAGCCUCAGUCUCCUCCAGCCGCGGCGUCGCAAGUCCGACGCAGACGCCAGCAUUCGGAACCCGCGGUCCGGCGCCUGAGCCUGACGCCGCCGCGCAUUGCGCUGCUAAAGUCCAACCCGUGCCGGCAGAACCUGCGUCGGCUGCACGCUGCGUCGACACCGGCUCGGCUCGAGUUUUAUGAUUCGAUCCGGGCCUGGCCGGCGAGCUCGCAUCGAGCGCGGGUGAGGCUGCCGCCCUGCUCACGGUUCUUGGAGAUGGUUGAGGACCAGGGGACUGACCCUCAUAACCCGAUUGUGGUAUGA